UGGUGGAGCAAAAAAAAAUUCAUUGACCCAACUUACAGUCCCUUGGAAAAGUGGGGUUGGAUAGCAAAUAACAAUAAAAAAGGGUGGGGUGGUUCAGUCUCCAGUUGUUCUCUCUUUCUAUCGACUUUCUCUUUCUUUGGUUAUGUAUAUAUGUGGAGCCCAUGGCUGCCCAUAUGCACUGCUGGUUAUCAGCUAUAGCUUUAUUUUGUUUUCCUUUAUAAGCCGUUGUCUACUGAGGAAGACCAAACACCCAAAUCCAAACCAAUUUCAGUUUGUUCAUUAUUACACCGAGUCAUAACUUUCUUUCUCCUUUUCCUAUCUUCCUCUUCUCUUUUACUUGCAACAAAGAAAGGAGAGAAAGGAGGAGUGUAGAAAGGAAAAACAAAAAACCCAAAGUGGAUAUAAAAGGCCUAUCAAUCUGGAGUGUUGAUUUGAUGGAUCUAUAGAUCUAACCCUUGAAAAAACCCGCAUGUAUUGCUCUGUUUCUUUUAGAUCUCCGUCGUUUUCAUCUGCUAUUAUUCAGUAGAUGGAAACUCAACAGUACAAAGCAGCUUAAUUCUAUUGGAAGGACUUUGUUGGGGGUUUAUUGAUUAAGUAUUAGUUUUUGGUGGGUAUAUUGCAUCCAAUUUGGGAUGUUUAGGAGGAAUUGGAAGCUUGCCCGGGUGAGAUGAGGGAUGUUAUCAAGGUUGGUCAACUUUCUGAGGGCCUGCUGGCGACCGUCCUCGGACCUUUAUGUCCACAAAGGUUCGGAUGCAGCAGGCCGGCAAGAUGGGCUCCUUUGGUACAAGGACAGUGGGCAGCACUUGAAUGGUGAAUUUUCCAUGGCUGUUGUCCAGGCUAACAAUCUGCUUGAGGAUCAGAGCCAGAUUGAAUCUGGCUCCUUGAGCACUCUUGAGUCUGGUCCAUACGGUACCUUUGUAGGAAUAUAUGACGGUCAUGGUGGCCCUGAGACAUCGCGUUAUAUCAAUGAUCACCUGUUCCAGCAUUUAAAGAGGUUCGCCACAGAGCAGCAAUCAAUGUCUGUGGAUGUCAUAAAGAAAGCAUAUCAAGCAACAGAAGAUGGUUUUUUCUCUCUCGUUACAAAACAGUGGCCUAUGAAGCCCCAGAUUGCAGCUGUUGGAUCAUGCUGCCUGGUUGGUGUUGUUUGCAAUGGGACCCUUUACAUCGCUAACCUUGGUGAUUCUCGUGCUGUGCUGGGAAGGCUUAUCAAGGCAACUGGAGAGGUUCUUGCCAUCCAGCUGUCAUCAGAACAUAACGUAGGAAUAGAGUCUGUCAGGCAGGAGAUGCAUUCUUUGCAUCCUGAUGAUUCGCACAUUGUAGUUUUAAAACAUAAAGUUUGGCGUGUAAAGGGCCUGAUACAGGUUUCUAGAUCUAUAGGUGACGUUUAUCUUAAAAAAACUGAAUUCAACAGGGAGCCUCUGUAUCAAAAGUUUCGUCUGCUUGAACCUUUUAGAAAGCCAAUUUUGAGCUCUGAACCAUCAAUAUCUGUGCAUGAAUUCCAACCUCAUGAUCAGUUUAUCAUAUUUGCUUCUGAUGGGCUCUGGGAACAUCUCAGCAAUCAGGAUGCAGUUGAUAUAGUUCAAAAUCAUCCCCACAAUGGGAGUGCUAGGAGGCUUGUGAAAGCUGCCUUGCAGGAAGCUGCUAAAAAGAGAGAAAUGAGAUACUCAGAUUUGAAGAAGAUUGACCGAGGUGUACGGCGGCAUUUCCACGAUGACAUCACAGUUGUAAUCGUAUUUCUUGAUUCAAAUCUUGUAAGCAGAGCCAGCUCAAUAAAAGGCGCUUCAUUAUCCCUUAGAGGAGGUGGAGUGAACUUGCCUGCAAAAACUCUGGCUCCCUGUACCACACCAAUGGAACUGCAUAUCAAUUGAUGAGGUUCUUUUCUUGACCAGCUGUUGUUCUGGAAAUUAACAACGUUAGCUGGAGACUUGCUGGCGGUUUCUUGUUUAAAAACCAUAGGACUCUUAUAAUUAAUGUGGCUG